GUGACAUCAUUUAUGGACCGCCCUUUAACCCACUUCGUAGGCGGGGUCAUCCUAUGCGAAAUUGUGGAAUUUCCACCACGAGCUGAGAUCUGCCGAGAGACUAGGGAGAUGAUGUAUUAUCCACCCUUUAAAUCCCAACAUCAUUAUCCACCCUUUAAAUCCCAACAUCGUACCUGCCAACCCAUACGGUUUACCCGUGUUCUUGUAACUCAGGGGAAUUGAGUUUUCAGGUCCAUACGGCAUACAGCCGUUUCAAUACAGGCAUUUUAAAACAUUUGUUUGUGUUUCUCCCUUGUGAUGGGACUUUGUAGGAUGAACGUUGAGAGUUAUAAGGGCAUGGGGUGACCAAUAAGGGCUGAAUUGGUCUGUAAUAUGGUAGGCGCUGAUAAGUGGUUGACAGUUAUGCAACAUUAGCCUUAACAUCAAAAACCUCAAUCUAACAUGAUCUAUUACCGAAUCUAACACUGGCAUGAAUAAAUCCUUCACCCUAACCCUACUCAUGCUUAACCCUAGAACUACUCUUAGACUAAAUACCAGGCUGAUGUUUGAUUGCAAGUUUUCAUAAUUUAAACAGUUGUUGCAGUGCCCUCUUGUGGCCAAAUCACGGUGUGUAUGAACUCAAUAUGUCACCACCAAUCAUAGCAUAUGAGUUGGUGAUAGAAGAGAUGAGAUCAAUGAGAAGGUGAGGACAGGAAGAGUCGUGCACAUCCACAGAUAAGUCACACUGACGCCCUCUGGCAAACAUAAGAACAUUACCAGCUUUACAGAUACAUUCUCUUAAUUGCUGCAUGAUGCACACGGAAAGGCUUGAUGGUAUCACAAAGAAGUUAUCUGUAUCAAGUAAAAUUAUCGUCUUAGAUGGAAAUCUAGCAGCAGGCAAAACAACACUUGGCAGAAAGUUAGCAGAGAAAAUGGGCCUGCUCUACUUUGAGGAAGCAAGUGUGCCAUACUGGGAGAAGAAGAGCAAAGAAAGGGCCCUUCCCCCACCGCCUUUCAAAGGCAGCUGCAGCUUGGAAAAGUUUUAUGCAGACCCAAAGAGUCCCGAUGGCAACUCUGUCCGGCUUCAGCUGCUGAUGUACCACACACGCCUCCUGCAGUACUCGGAUGCUCUAGAGCACCUGCUAAAUACAGGGCAAGGUGUCAUCCUGGACCGGUCUCUUUACAGUGAUUUUGUGUUCGUGGACACCAUGCACAAGAGCGGUUUCUUGGAAAAACAUGCUGUGGAUUACUACUACGAGGCAAGGGCCAACAGCACAUUGGCCAUCCUCCCUCCUCACAUCGUCCUGUAUCUGGAUGUUCCUGUGCCUGAGAUUCAGCACCGGCUUAUUCAGCGUGGCCGUCCUUUUGAACAAAACAUUUCUGACAGUUACUUGCAGGACAUUGAAGAUGUUUACAAAUCAAAGUUUUUGCCAGAAAUGAGCCUGACAAGUGAAGUUUUACAAUAUGACUGGUCUACAUUUGGGGACGUUGAUAAAGUUGCGGAUUAUGUCAAGAGUGUGCAUUUGACAAAAGGCCCAUGGCUUCUGCAGACAGACUCUUCUCUCCACCAAUUAAAGAUGCUUGUGGAAAACAAGCACAGAGUGGCAAACCUGAUGAAAAUUUCCAGAGUCAUCCCUGAGGUUACAGCGGGUGUUUGCUGAAGUGUCUAGGCUCGCCACAAUAACAAUUUCAAGACACCAGCAGCCACGUGAUGCAGUAAAGUGAUGUUCAUUACACGAUGGAUGAAUUGCAUGCAGUUGAUGUUGAAGCCUCCCUGUGGUCACUGAGCUUAAUUGCCUAGAAAUUGGACUCUUACAGAUAUAAAGUGAAUAGUCAUUGCACUAAGUUGAUGACCAUGACCACUCGCUGUCCAUGAAUAAUAUAAUUCCUGAUCAUAUGUUUUGUCUUUUACAUCGCAAGGGUUAUUUCAGAACGAAGCAUCUCCUUGCAAUCAUUCACUUGUGCGAACUUCAUUGGCAAAUUCUUAUUAUACUUAAUUCCAGGCUGCAAGUAGUAUGUGUUGUGGCAACAUGUAUGGCGUUCAAGUAAAUCAUUUCCUGCACCAUUACAAAAGAUUCACUGGAGAGUAUAUAUAGUUAUUAAACAAUAUUCAUUACAUUAUUCCAAACAUAACUUGUAUAUACAUUUGCACACGUACAUUUAUGUAAUCUUUGUUCAGUAUUAGUAAAGUUUAUUGUAUUUCU